UCUUAGCACAUCUGGCAGCAUCUGUGGAUAGAAAGCAGAAUUAAUGUUUUGGGUUCAGUGAUCCUUCUUCAGGAUUACCACUGCUUCACUGUUGACUGCAAAAUCCAGCUCAGUUUGUUACUGGAGAAUCCUACUGGAUUUGAUCUUAAAUCACCAAAAGCCAUUCACAAAAACAAAGUCAAGAUUAGGCCCAGAUUAUAAUUUACUGAGCUUCUUCAUUUGCUAUUAGUAGGACCUUGCUAUGUACAAAUUGGCUGUUAUAUUUUCCAAAGCACAAUUUUUAUAUUUAAAAAGUUGCUUUUAAAGUAUUAAAAUAACACGCCAUAAUAAAAUCCUUUCUGCAAAUUCAUUCAUUAUCUUUCUUUAAGAGAUGGAAGAAAGUUAAAAACUUUGAAUAUUUUUAAUUACCAGUUGAAUGCAGCAAUAAAAAAUGCAAGGUAUUAAUGUUUAAAAUUUCAAUGUCCGUGAAUGUUUUUCAUUACACCAUCUUUUGAUCUAUGUUUUGCUCAUCUUUGAGCUUCUACUUAUUAUGUAUCAUCAGCUGUCUUAAAUCGGAAUAAGCAUUGGUAGAGGUUACCAUGGCAUCUUGCUAUUGUGGGGUAUGCAAAUAAUUCCCUCUGACCAAAAGAAUAAAAUAUUUUAUAAUUGCUAAUUCCUUGUAUCUAGCAAAAUAGAAUAAUCCUGGCAAGUUAAAAUGGUACAGUUAUAUGUGGUUGAAACAGUGUCAUCAGCAUAGAGCUAUUAUAAGCUCUCAACAAUGUAACUUUUGAGAUAUAUGCUGAUUCUUGCUAUUAACAUGUAAAUCUGUUAGGUCUAUAUUUCUAUACAGAGCAAUUAGAUAGCUCUGCUUACAUUAAUUUGCACAACAAUGAACUCUCAAGUAUUUUAGAAAGUUGUUUCAUUAACAGCUACAAGAAAGGUAAUUUCAUGUUUUUUUGUACCAUUUUAGCCUUACUUUUACAAUUCAUGCUCAUAAACACUUACAUUUGAUUCUCAUCUUUGAUUCUUCACAUGAAAUAAUAAAUAUAUAAUCCAUAACAACCUUGUCAAUGGUCCCUCCUCUUGAGCAAGCAGGAGACAUCACACGUACACAGAUAAAAGAGGUACGCCUGUGUCGGGCAGUUUAACAGAUGAAGAGAUGCAGCCUAGACUGUACAACUUGAUUUAGUUACAGCCUAGAACCAAACACAACAGAUUGUAUAAAGGUAAAAGAAAUAAUCGAAUAGCCAUAUUCAGGAGCAUCUGCACAAAAGGCAGGUGAAAACUGACGGUAAAAAUGUCCAGUGGAAAACAAGAUGUGAUCAUCAUUGGAGGGGGCUUGUCGGGUCUUUCAGCUGCCAAACUCCUCAUAGAGAAGGGCCUCAAUGUGGUGGUUUUGGAGGCUAGAGAUCGUGUUGGAGGAAGAACAUACACUGUUCAAGGGCCGGAGUUCCAGUAUGUUGACUUAGGAGGAGCAUAUGUUGGGCCUACGCAAAAUCGGAUUUUGCGUUUAGCAAAAGAGCUGGGUAUAAAUACAUAUAAAGUUAAUGAGAAGGAACAACUGAUUCACUUUGUGAAGGGGAAAUCUUACUCAUUUAAAGGGCCAUUUCCUCCUGUGUGGAACCCUAUUGCUUACUUGGAUUACAACAACCUCUGGAGGACAUUGGAUGAAAUGGGAAAGAAGAUUUCUGCAGAUGCACCAUGGAGUGCUGAACGUGCAAUGGAGUUGGAUAACAUGACCAUGAAAGAGUUAAUUGAUAAACUUUGCUGGACAAGGGUGGCGAGAGAAUUUGCAACACUCUUUGUCAAUGUGAAUGUAACUUCAGACCCUCAUGAAGUCUCUGCUCUUUGGUUUCUGUGGUAUGUGAGACAGUGCGGAGGGACAAGGCGGAUAUUUUCUACCACAAAUGGAGGCCAGGAAAGGAAAUUUAUUGGUGGUUCGGGACAAAUCAGUGAGCGCUUAGCUGAGCGAAUGAAGGAUCGUGUGAAGCUGAACAGGCCAGUAGUGAGAGUGGAACAAACUAAGGGAACUAUCCGUGUGGUGACAUUACAUGGAGAGGAAUAUGAGGCUGAUUAUGUCAUUAGUGCUAUCCCACCAACCCUCAUUCAGCAAAUUCACUACAAUCCUCCACUGCCUCCAUUGCGAAACCAGUUAAUCCAGCGUGUGCCAAUGGGAUCCAUCAUUAAGUGUAUGGUUUACUACAGCCGGGCUUUCUGGAGGGAGAAAGGUUAUUGUGGUACUAUGAUGAUUGAAGAUGAGGACUCACCUAUCUCCCUGACACUGGAUGACACCAAGCCUGAUGGUUCGCACCCUGCAAUUAUGGGGUUCAUAUUGGCAAGGAAGGCGCGACUUUUACUUCGUCUCACCAAAUCAGAGAGGAAGCAACGAAUCUGCCAGAUUUAUGCCCGAGUCCUGGAGACAGAAGAAGCUCUAUAUGCUGUUCACUAUGAAGAAAAAGACUGGUGUGAGGAGCAGUACUCAGGUGGCUGCUACACUGCAUACUUCCCACCAGGGAUGUUCAUUCAGUUCGGCAAAGUUCUCCGCGAACCAUUCGGGCGGGUGUACUUUGCUGGUACUGAGACAGCCACCAAGUGGAGCGGUUACAUGGACGGAGCAGUACAGGCUGGGGAACGGGCUGCCAGAGAGGUGAUGUGUGCCAUAGGAAUUAUUCCAGAGACAGCAAUCUGGACCCAUGAGCCUGAGGUUCAGGAGGUCCCAAGUCGACCGAUCAUUACAACAUUCUGGGAACGACAUCUGCCUUCUGUGCCAGGAUUUUUGAUGGCGCUUAGCAUUUCCACAUGUCUGGCAGUUGCUGGAGUAGUCAUGUCCAGGAAAAUCUGUCUGCUUAGGGCUUGAAGAGGAACAGUUGUUUGGCAGUGGUUAGAAAGUUGUUGUCACAAACAGUAACUUUUUGAGUUCAUUAAUGGUGCCAUUUUGGCACUGAGGUCAGAGUUUGAUCCAUUCAGGGCAGCUGAGGGCUGGGUUAUUUCUGACUAUACUGGACAAAUCACAACUAGUACUGUAGAGACAUCAGAUCUUUCACUAAAGAGGGAUUUAUUGCAUUUUAUGAAGUUCUUGCGCAUGCAAGAACAUUGAAGUUCAAAGUGUUUACCAAAUCCCUUGAUUUGUUUUCUUCUCAAUUUCGUCCCAGUGAUCUUUAAUGUGAUUAAUCAUUUUGAAGACAAGAAAAUACAUCGAGCGGUAUGGUUCCGGAACUGAGGAGCUACUUUUCUGAAAGUGAACUCUUUAUAAUUCAGCUCCAUGCAGUGAACAUCCAUCACUGACAAAAAGCGAUAAUAAUAACUCACUCAAUUCUCGAGUCAUUGGGCUGAAUAAUGUGGCUUCUGGCUCAACUCUUUGUUUUCCAAACUACUGUCCAUAUAAAAGAUAUCAUCUAUGAAGAUUAUAAAGUUCUCUAUUUCACAUUCAAUGCAUGAUUAUAAACCACUGACAUGCUGCUUUCCUAGUCAAUGACACCAUCUGAGCUGCUCAAUUAAAUGUAUGGAGUAUCGAGUUAUUUAAUAUAUUGGGCAGUUUAGGUCUGCAUUUCCUUGGUUUAGGGAAAGGGUCCUCAGAAGGAUUCACACCAUCCAUAACCUCACCUCUAUUGGAAAGUAUAUACAGUAAUUUGGGCAUCAGACGAGAGCAAAGUCAGGUUUGUCCUUGUCAUAGUUCCUUUACGUAGAAUGCAGAUUUCUUCAGAUUUAUAGCCCUGAGUCUUCAGGAAUGAAUCGGAGAAAACAGGAACAACCUAAUCUGAAAAAAUAUUCUGAAAAUCAAGUAAAAAGUAGCCAGUUGUAAAAUAGGUAAUUAAAAUGCUAUGAUUUGAAAUGGCUGCAUUUUCUCUGAUUGACUAGCAGAGAUGAACUAGCCAUCCAGAUCCCCAGGCAAAUUGCCUGGACAUACAGAUUCGAAUGUCUUUGUGGCAGCUGGUGGAAUUUCAGUUCAGUUAAUAAAUCUGCAAUAGAGAGCGCACAGUAAAUCUCAGUAAUCUAUAAAGCUGUUACGAAAACUUGUAAAAACCCAUUUGGAUGACUAGAACCGUAGAACCAAAGAAAAUUUCCAAUACAGAAAGAGGCCAUUCAGCCCACUUGUCUGUGCUGUUUAAAUAAACUCACCAACUAUUUUAAUCCCACGUUUAAUAGCUGUACCUACUCUGUACCUUGACCAACUGUGUUACUUCACAUACAGAUCCAAGUUUCUUUUAAAUGAGUUAAAGAUUUCUGCCAAAACUCCAGACAUCUACCAUACUCUGGAUGAAAAAUCUCUUCCUCAAGCCCCCUUUAAUUGUUUUAAAAAUCAUUUUAAAUCAAUGCCCCAGGUAACUAACCACUCUCCUUGGGGAAACAGGUUUUGCCUGUUCAUUUGGUCCAUGACCUUCAUCAUUUUGCACACAUUGGUUACAUAGCCUCCUCUAAUCUGACUAAAUUAAGUCUGGUUUAUCCAAUUUUCCUCAUACAUGUAAUGUUCGAGCCCUGGCAACGUUCUUGUAAAUCUCCUCCAUACUCUCUCUAGAGCAAUUAUGCCCUUCCUGAAAUCUGGUGUCCAAAACUAUAUAAAAAACUCCUGCAGUGGCCUAACCAGGGUCUUAUAUAGUUCCAGCAUUAUACCCCUGUCUUCUUUAUCAUCUUACCUACCUGCCCUGCCAUCUCAGGUACAUGUGACAUGCAUUCACUGGAAUUUAGAUGAUUGAGGGGGGAUCUCAUAGAAACGUAUAAAAUCUUGA